AUGGGCUGCAAGCUGCUCUGCUGUGUGGCCUUCUGUCUCCUGAGAACAGUCCUCAUGGAUACUAGAAUUACUCAGACGCCAAGAUACCUGGUCAUGGGAAUGAGAAAUAAGAAGACUUUGGAAUGCAAACAACAUCUGGGACAUAAUUCUAUGUAUUGGUAUAAACAGAGUGCUCAGAAGCCACUGGAGCUCAUGUUUAUCUACAACUAUAAGGAACUCAUUGAAAAUAACACUGUCCCGAGACGCUUCUUACCCAACUGCUCAGACAGCUCUCAGUUAUACCUUUACGUGGAUGCCCUGAAGCCAGAAGACUCCGCCGUGUACUUCUGUGCUAGCAGCAAGGACACAGCCUUGCAGAGUCACCUUCUGCCUGUGCAGAAACCUCCUGGGUCCAGUCAGGAAACUGUGGGCAACCAAGGCUCAGUUCAGCAUUUCCCGUGA